AUGGUGAGUGUUAAAACUAACAAAUUCUCCAUAUUUUGCGGGUUUUUAGGGUGAGCAACAAUUGGAUUGCGCGUUGGAUUUGAUGCGUCGACUUCCACCACAACAUUGCGACAAAAACCUGACAGAUCUCAUCGAUUUGUGCCCGCAUUUGGUGGAUGACUUGCUUGGCACCAUUGAUCAACCUUUGAAAAUUGCGGCGGAUCGCGAAACUGGCAAACAAUACUUGUUGUGCGAUUAUAAUCGAGAUGGCGAUAGUUAUCGGUGAAUUUUUGCUAGCAGCUUGUGAAAUUCACUGGAUUUUCCUGAAAACUCACAAAAAUUUCGAUUUCCGGCCAUUUUGAGAAGCAAAUUGAUCAAGAAAUGAUGAAAUAUUCGGAUUUUUCACGUUUUCAAGGAAUUACACGUUAAAUUUUGUUGAAAUUUCAUAUUUUCAGCUAAAAUUAUCAAUUUUUGGUGUCAAAAUGUCCCAAAAACCUUUGAAAAUCCAAAUUUCCUUCCAAAAAUCCCAAAUUUUCGAUUUCCGGCCAUUUUGAAAAGCAUAUUUGCUCAAGAAAUGAUGAAAAAUCGGAUUUUUCACGUUUUUCAAGGAAUUACACAUGGAAAAUCAGUUAAAAUUGUUAAAUUUUGUUGAAAUUUUAUAUUUUCAGCUGAAAUUAGCAAUUUUCAGUAUCGAAAUGGUCUGAAAGUGGUUAAAUUCAGCCUAAACAUUAUCAAACUUCAUUUUCAUGAGAAAAACACCCUUUUUGGUAUCAAAAUGAUCCAAAAAACGUAAUUUUCACUGAAAAUCAAUGAUUUUUGGUCUCAAAAUGAGGCAAAUUCAAAUUUACCUUGAAAAUCAUCAUUUACAUCAGAAAAACAUCCUUUUUGAGCUCAAAAUGAUCCAAAAACCCUCAAAAAACUGUAAUUUUCACCCAAAAAUACCCAAAUUUGAUCUCAAAAUGACGCAAAUUUAAUUUCAGGUCACCAUGGAGUAACACCUAUGAUCCACCAUUGGAAGACGGUCAACUACCAUCCGAAAAACGUCGUCAAAUGGAAAUCGACGCGAAUGCGGCUUUCGAAUGUUAUCGUGAUUUGUAUUUCGAGGGCGGAGUGUCGUCGGUGUAUUUUUGGGAUUUGGAUGGCGGUUUUGCUGGUGUUGUUUUGAUUAAGAAGGAGGGUGAUGGACAAAAGAAUAUUGAUGGAUGUUGGGAUUCGAUUCAUGUUGUUGAGAUCACUGAAAGAGUGAGUUUUGGGUCAAAAAUAUGCUGAAAAUCUUGAUUUUUGAUCAAUUUUGAUUCGAAAACCAUGAAAAAUGAUCAGAAAUGGAUGAAAAUUGUUCAUUUUCGAGCAAUUUUUAUGAUUUUGAGCUCUAAAAUUAGUCAAAAAUGUGCUGAAAAUCUUGAUUUUUGAUCAAUUUUUUGAGCCAGCAAAAAAUACGUUUCAAGAUUUUUGUAUAAUUAAUUUUCAAAUAUUGUUUUCAAUACGUCUUCGAUGUAGACUACAGAAAAACAUGCAAUUUUCAAGUUUUUCUGGAUUUUCAGCCAAAUUUUAAGCUUUUUCUUGUUUCAGUCUGGAAUUUUUGAAAAUUUUUGAGGUUUUUAGCUCGAAAUUGUUCAAAAUCCAACGUUUUAAGCUGAAAUCCAGCAAAAUUCAUCUUCAGAAAAAAAAAUGAAAAUUUGAAUUUUUCAACAAAACGGGAGAAGUUCAAUGGAGCGCAUUUGUCAAUUUUUAGUCAGAAAUCGUGAUUUUCAAGCUCCAGAGCUCAUUUUUCAUGGUUUUUGGCUCAAAAUCAAUAAUUUUCGAGCCCUGGAGCUUGAAAAUUUGGAAAAUUCGAUAUUUUCAAGCAUUACUCAUGCUAAAAAUCCUGAAAAUCCCAAAAUUUUCCUAAUUUAUUAAAAAAAAAAUGAAAAUUUGAAUUUUUCAACAAAACGGGAGAAGUUCAAUGGAGCGCAUUUGCUGUUUUUAGUCAGAAAUCGUGAUUUUCAAGCUCCAGAGCUCAUUUUUCAUGGUUUUUGGCUUAAAAUUGAGCUCCAGAGCUCAUUUUUGCUCCAAAAUGCUCCAAAUUUUUGCAGGCUCGCCAAGCUCACUACAAACUCACAUCCACAAUAAUGCUCUGGCUCCAAACUACAAAAUCCGCGAGUGGAAUGAUGAAUUUGGGCGGUUCGCUGACUAGACAAUUCGAAUGUGAUGCUCCGGUCAAUGAUCAAAAUUCGCACGUGGCAAAUAUGGGAAAAAUGAUUGAGGAUCAGGAGUCGAAAAUGCGACACACGAUGAAUGAGGUGUAUUUUGGAAAAACUAAGCAGGUAGGCGGGUUUUUGGGGUGAAAAUGGGAAAAAUCGAUAUUUUUAACCCAAAAAUCGUGAAAAUUGAUGAAUUUUGAGCCAAGAUUCAUGAAAAUCGUGAAAAUACGGUUAUUUUAAAUAUAAAUAUGGCUAUGUUCCUUUAAAUUGGGUCUCGACACGAGAUUACGAUAUUUUUGAGUUAAAAUAAUGUUAUGUUCCUUUAAAAAUCUAAAAAUACAGUAAGCUUCAAUUUUAAAGGAACACAAUCAUAUUUACAUUCAAAAAUACCGUAUUUUCAUAAUUUAAAGGAACAUAGUCAUAUUUACAUUCAAAAAUACCGUAAUCUCCAAAUUCAAAGGAACAUAGUCAUGUUUGGACUCAAAAAUACCGUAAUCUCCAAACUUAAAGGAACAUAGCCUUAUUUAUACUCAAAAAUACCGUAAUCUCGUGUCGAGACCCUCAAAAUUCCCCAAUUCUUCCAGGUGAUCUCCGAACUUCGAACCCAAGAAACCGCCGCCGAAAUCGAAGCCAAAGAAGAUAUCACAAGAGAAAUCUGCGCAGCUGUUGCGUCGCGUGGAGAACUAAAAGCCUAA